CUACACUUCACGUCAUACCCCCUCCCCUUUUCUCUGCUCAGAAAAGCUCAGAAGAAAGACCUUGAGAAAGUGAACCAAAUCCUUUCCUUAACCUUCACGCCUCCAUAUUUACACCUCUCGUUUCUCUCACUUCUCAUAAAACCCUCUUUCUCUAUCUACAUUUAAAUACCGUCAGAAAAACUUACUCCCACCCAACGCACAUUUCCAUUCACUCAUUUAAACUCCCAUUAAACUCAUUUAAACUCACAGUCUUUGAAGUAAACGAGAAGUGAAGCAGAGCAUUUCUUGGAUAACGGAGGGGUUUCUGUUGGUUUCUCAUUGAAAUAUCCUUCUUGUUCUUUAUUUCUGUUGUGGGUUUUCAUCUUUCUUGAUAAAUCUUUGAUGGGUUCUUGUGAAAACGAUCAAACGUUUGUGAAAUUUGAUGGGCCAAUCAUUGUGGGUGCUGGCCCUUCUGGUAUAGCGGUUGCAGCUUGCCUUAAGCAAGAUGGCAUCCCUUCUCUUGUUCUUGAGAGAAGUGACUGCAUUGCAUCUUUAUGGCAACAUAAAACUUAUGAUCGUUUAAAGCUUCAUCUUCCUAAACAAUUCUGUGAGCUUCCAUUGUUUGGGUACCCAAAGAACUUUCCAAAAUACCCCACGAAAAAACAGUUUGUUUCCUACAUGGAGGCAUAUGCAAAGCACUUUGAAAUCAAGCCCAAGUUCAACCAAUCGGUGAGUAAAGCUGAGUUUGACGCUCAAGUUGGUGUUUGGAGGGUCAAUACACAAGACACUGUUUAUGAAUCACGGUGGAUGGUGGUGGCUACCGGAGAGAAUGCGGAGGCGGUGCUGCCGGAGAUUCAAGGAAUUGAGAAGUUUGAAGGGGUUGUUAGACAUACAAGUGAGUACAAGAGUGGGUGUGAGUUUAGAAAGGAAAGAGUUUUAGUAGUUGGUUGUGGGAAUUCUGGCAUGGAGGUUAGUUUAGAUCUUUGCCGUUACAAUGCAAGCCCUUUUAUGGUUGUUAGAAACUCUGUUCAUAUUCUGCCUAGAGAGAUGUUUGGAUUCCCAACAUUUGGAAUUGCUAUGGGACUUCUCAAAUGGCUACCUCUUAGGAUGGUUGAUAAAUUAAUCUUGUUUAUGGCCAAUUUAACACUAGGAAACACCGAUAAAUUAGGCCUAAGGAGGCCUAAAAUUGGCCCCCUUGAGCUCAAAAAUGCCACUGGUAAAACCCCAGUGCUUGACACCGGAGCUUUAUCUUUAAUCAAAUCCGGUAACAUCAAGGUUGUGGAACAAGGAGUGAGAGAAAUAACUAGAAAUGGAGCCAAAUUCAUGGAUGGUCAAGAAAUUGCAUUUGACUCGAUUGUGUUGGCAACGGGGUAUAAGAGCAAUGUGCCAUUUUGGCUCAAGGGAAGUGACUUUUUUACUGAAGAUGGAAUGCCUAAAAUGCCCUUUCCAAACGGUUGGAAAGGGGAGAACGGGUUAUACACGGUUGGGUUCACUCGAAGGGGUCUUCUUGGAACGACAUGUGAUGCCCUUAAUAUUGCAAAGGAUAUUUCUAGUCAAUGGUGGUCAACGACUUGCAACCUUAAACAAGAGUUUAAAUCAAAGUGAUGUACCAAUAUUGGAAUAAUAUGAACAAAGAAAGUGACUUAAAUAGCGUUUUAUUUUCUUUAGAAGGUGGAUGGGUAUGGUAGUAUUUACUUAGGUGUAUUAUUUUCUAGUUGAAAUAUUUACCAAACACAUUGUGUUAUUUCUUGGAGGGGUGAUGGGUUAGAAAUGUAAAUUAACAAGUUUUGUAGUUCGCUCUUUUGUUUUUUAAUCUUUAAAUGCAUGGCUCGGUUGUAUUGUAAAUACCAU